GUAACAGUGGCAACACUGUGUUAUAUUGGUGGAAAAUAUUUAGAAUUGAAUUUUGUUUAUAAACAUAUUUCUGAAGUACUAAUUCAGUAUAAUUUGUGUUUCUACACUUUAAGUGUUAUUAAUUAUAACAGGAUUCAUUAAUUAUGAGCAACGGAGACAAAGAAACCCUGAAAUUCAACUGCCUUGGUCGCCAUAAGAUGACUAGGCAAAUUUUUCUCAUCUCCUACUUAUCACCAUUUGAAACUUCUGGAACGUAAUUUGGCACAAAUCAAGUGAAGAAAAUGCCUUCAGAAAAUAAUAGACGGAGUGAGAGACAUGGACGUGGCAAUACUGCUCUCUUUCAGCUGCCGCUGUCACCUGGCCCAGUACUUGACAUCAGUGAUGAUGAAUUGGUAACAAUAUCGGUUCGAGAUUUGAAUCGUCAAUUGAAGUUGAGAGGUCUUUCCCGAGAGGAUAUUAUUAAAAUGAAGCAAAGAAGAAGGACAUUAAAAAAUAGAGGAUAUGCUGCUAGUUGCCGAAUAAAACGAAUCGAACAAAAAGAUGAACUUGAGACUGAGAAAUCUCAAGAAUACCGAGAUAUGGAAAUGAUGCAGGAAAACAACAAUAUGAUGAGGGAAGAGCUCGAAGCACUUUAUGGAAAAUAUGAAGCUCUGAAAAAAUUUGCCACCCUCAAGAAGAUUCCUAUUCCUCACGAGUUGGAAUCUCCAAAUUAAAGGCUAUGUAUAAUAAUGGUGAAUUUAGUUGGUGACUUCUGAUAUAAGGCCAAUAUUGGGAAUAAGAACAACAAAAUUUAGGAAGAUUCUUUGAUUUUUUUCUGAAGUUCCAUUUAUACAUUUUUAUGGUUAAGGAGUAAUGCAUUACACCUUAACCUUUUCCUAGAAUAAGUAACUUUGUCACAUUUUCUGAUUUAUCAGAAUAGGAUUUAUUAUAGAAUCCUAUAAAACAUUCAAGACAAAUUGCGCCAGAAAUAAAAAAGUUUAAAACAAUUAAACUUAUUCUAAAGAAUCCUGUGAUUUAUAAUAUUGGAUAUAAAUUGUUAUAGAUAGCAACAUUAGUGGGUAUUCGUAUUUGACUCAUAUUUAAUUAUUUUAUAAAAGUGGUGUUAGAAGGAAGGUGUAUUAGAUUCUAAAAGUGAGAUGAAUGUAUUUUAAAAGUUAGUUUUUUUGUUUGGGUUAAGAAACAUAAACCACCUGGGUCAUCACACCUGUGUUACAUUCGUUUAUUCUUGUGGAGUUAAGAAACUCUUAAGAAAAAAAAUAUUGAAAACAAGUAUUUUAUAAGUAUUCUAUUUGUGAUUAUAAAAAUAUGCCUAAUUUUUAUGUUCAAUUUCUUUUUUUAUUUAGU